UCAAACGUACAGGUGCAGAUUGGGAUUCCGGGUGUAUUCUGCUGCCUGUUUAAUUACCUUUCCCACUUCUUCUAGACAUUCUUGUACUACUGGCAGUUCUUAAAUAAUUUAAAUGAAGAAUUUAGAAACACUUUAAAAUGUACCUAAUCACGUCAUCUUGAACUCCCGUAUAAAGUAAAUGUAUAAAUGAUGUGCAUUUGUCCUUUCCUGCCACUUCGAGAACAGGCCACAUCUGAGAAUAAUAAAUACCACAAAAUCCAGCGAUCAGAUGCUCGAAACGUGACUCAAGCUUUGCAACGUGGAUCGACACAUUUGAAGAGCGCCUGGUUUCCGCGAAGAAGUCAUUUUGUUUGUGGUGACGAUGGUGGUGGCGGUGCUUUAUGAUUAGGAAGGAGAUCGUCUGGGCGGGUGGAUUUCUUUUUUCCCCUCGUUGCAACAGAAAAGCCAAGCGGCAGGAGAACCUGUCGCGUCGCGCUUUCGCAGGACGGACAAGCCCGUGAGUCGAAUCCCCCUCGCCAAGCAAAGCCGCGGAGGCGAGGGGCGGGCUAAUCGCAGGCCAGGCCCUCUGAGCGGGAAGGAGCGGGCUCGGCAGUUCAAAAAGGCGUCAGCCUGAGGCGCGCCGUCACCGCUGCCGGUGUCUCCUGAGGCGGGAGUCGUUCCUCCCUUUAUGCCGCGUUGCCGUCUCCGUCCUUCCUCUGUCUUCACAUUCCUUUUUCCUGAGCUGAAAGCCAGCCGGGGAGCUGCCUGCCUCGCCUUCCCCCGCCGCACGAUUGAUAGGGCAGUGAAGCAGCUGCUGGUGCUGCAACCCGGCAGAGUUCCUGGGACAACGCGAUGACCGACUUCAGCGGAGGCCUGGCGAGCGCUGGCGGCGGCGAAGCGCCUGCUCAGGGGGAACUUUCUGCUCGCGGAGCCCGCAUCGCCGGUGGCGCCGUGGGGCUCCUGGACAAAGGCUUCGACAGAUACCUCGACGACCCUUUUGACGCGGACCAAAACCCUCAGGGCAUUUUGAAUUUUGGGACAAGCGAGAACAAGCUUUGUUUUGAUUUACUACAGGAAAGGCUUUCAAAACCUGAUGUGACUUAUUUGGAACCUCACUUAUUCCAAUACUUGGAUACUCAAGGCAUUAAAAG